AGCUGAAAAAACGACUGAAAAGACUCUCCUGUAGUUUAGCAAAAAAUAUUGAUUAACGAUCUACGCCCCUCAAAUCAGCUUCGACGGUGACUGUAACUGUAGAGAUUAUUGUUGCGAGAUUUAAACUACGUAACGUAAUGGAUAUUUGUUUAGAUUACGAAACGCAGUAUUUUUUAUUCCAUCCUCGUAUAUUCAUAGAUGGAGUAUAUAAUGCAUUUUACGAAAAUAUAUUUAAUUUGCUGGAUGAUCUGAAACAAUUUUUGACGGAUGAGUUUGCCAACGUGAUAGAACCAUUCAAUGUUGCAAUUCAGACGGAUUCCGUAUUGCGAGAAUUGGUCAAGAGAUUAGACAAAGCAAUUGACAAACUGGAGGUUUAUUUGAUUGCAAAUGUGUUUAAAAUCCCAAAGUAUGUUGUCUUGAAAGAAGAUACUAUACACAUUACAAAUCCUGUUACAAAAAGUGAUGAAAAGAAACUAGAUGAUGAAAUUAAAGAACUUAAGCAUCAGAUUUUAGAGACAACUCAAUUGAAUUUGACUGUUACAUUUUAUGAUGUAGAAACAGCAUACUUGUACAGCGACUUAAACGAGGAUGUAUAUAUGACUCCUCCAACUGGUUAUGAGCAACCGACUGGAGAAGGAAAA